UCCCGGCUUCCUCCGCGGCGUUCCCACGCUGACGCUCCGGGGGUUUUUGCUGAGAUCUAGGCGGCCCCUCUCUUCGCGUCAGCCAGCGACCGAGGCGAUGGCAGCCCAGAAGAUCAACGAGGGGCUGGAGCAUCUGGCCAAGGCCGAGAAGUACCUGAAAACUGGUUUUUUGAAGUGGAAGCCGGACUAUGACAGCGCUGCUUCUGAAUAUGGAAAAGCAGCUGUUGCUUUUAAAAAUGCCAAACAAUUUGAGCAAGCAAAAGAUGCCUGCCUACGGGAAGCUGUUGCCCAUGAAAAUAACAGGGCUCUUUUUCAUGCUGCCAAAGCUUAUGAGCAAGCUGGCAUGAUGCUGAAGGAGAUGCAGAAACUGCCUGAGGCCGUGCAGCUGAUCGAGAAAGCCAGCAUGAUGUACCUGGAGAAUGGCACCCCAGAUACAGCAGCCAUGGCCCUGGAGCGGGCUGGAAAGCUCAUAGAAAAUAUAGAUCCAGAGAAGGCUGUACAGUUGUAUCAGCAGACUGCGAAUGUGUUUGAAAAUGAGGAGCGCCUCCGACAGGCAGUUGAACUCCUAGGAAAGGCCUCCAGACUGCUGGUACGAGGGCGGAGGUUUGAUGAAGCUGCACUGUCUAUUCAGAAAGAAAAAAAUAUUUAUAAGGAAAUUGAGAACUACCCAACUUGUUAUAAGAAGACAAUUGCUCAGGUCUUAGUUCAUCUACACAGAAAUGACUACGUGGCUGCAGAGAGGUGCGUCAGGGAGAGCUACAGCAUACCAGGGUUUAAUGGCAGUGAAGACUGCGCAGCGCUGGAACAGCUCCUGGAGGGCUAUGACCAGCAAGACCAAGACCAAGUAUCCGAGGUCUGCAACUCGCCCCUUUUCAAAUACAUGGACAAUGAUUACGCUAAGCUGGGCCUAAGCUUGGUGGUCCCAGGAGGAGGAAUCAAGAAGAAGUCCCCAGCGACACCCCAGGCCAAGCCUGAUGGUGCUGCCAGCACAGCUGCUGAAGAGGAGGAAGAUGAGUACUCAGGAGGCCUGUGCUAGUAUCCUGCCUACAGAGUUGAGGAGACAGGAAUCCUGACACGCCAUUUUUGUGGAAUUAGGACUCAUUUUGUGGGCAUCUGCUUCACUGAAAUUCUGAUGUUGAAUGUUAAUAUCUAUGAAGUUUCAGUUUACCAUUUCCCCAAACCAGCCGUUGUAUCUAUACCUGUGAAGCAUUUUUCCCUUUCCAUUGCAAGGAGAGAACACUGUCAUAUUUUAAUAAUUGAUUUUAAAAUCUAUAGACCAAAUUCUAGGUAAAUUAUAUCAUAAGCAAAGCAGGAGACAGGUACACUUAUAGUCUUUUCUCUUGGGUUCUUAUAAUUUAUUGUUAGAUAAUUUUCUUUGCAUUUUAUUUAAUGUCACUUCUAAAUGUGCUGGGGUUUUGGUAAAAAAAAAUAAUAAUGUCAAACUGGUCUGGUUCUUUCCAUGCUGUCACUUGGUGCCCACGCAUGUCCCCACUAAGAGUGUCAGCAAUGCCAAAAAGAGAGGCAGACAGCGGGUCCUCAGCAGAUGCUCCUCCAGACUCAUCAUUAGAUGUCUGACUGUGGAGAUAGUGCAUGGCCCCACCUUACUCUGCUGAUGUGACCAUUGAUGGUCACAGAGCAAGCGGAAACGUGGUUGUUCCCUCACAGGCUGUUUUUAUGCGUGUGGAGUAUCAGACCCAGAUUGGAUGUGCUACUCAGUGACCUAGAAAUGGCACUGUCAGCUCCUCCCAUUCUCUCUGUCCACUUGCAUUGUACCCGAGCCUUGCUGGCACCGUGGACCAUGAAGAAGCAGAACAAAAACACAUGAGAGACUCUUUUUCUAGGGAUAUAAAACAUAAGAAUAAACAACAUACUUCAAUGGAGUAGGGCCUUAUCUCAAGGUGAAAAGGAAAUUUAUCCGUCAUCAUAUUAGAUACAUUCAAAUUGUUGAGUCUUUUCAGAAACAAGCUUUGGGCAAAAGCUUUAUAAUUUUUAGCUCAGUAGCCCUUGUGUGUGACUAUAAAAUAUGGAAGGUAGCAUAUUAAAGUGCUGUUGUAAAUGUCUUCAGCCCUCCCCAAAGUGUUGCUAUUUCUUUUUUCUUAAGAACAAAAAGUACGACUGUUCAAACCUACUGGGCUCUUGACCAAAAUAGGACUAGGUAAGACGAUUUAUAUUUAUCUAGAAUGACAGGUAAUGUUCCUGCCAGUCUAGUAUGCAUGCAUUUCUUACCUCCAGAGUAUUUUGGUUCGGAGUUAAUAAUUAAACAUGAGUUAUGCUAGAUACUGCAAAAAAUAAAAAGUUACCCAAGAGGGAAAAAACUGGUUUUGAGAGAUACAUUUGGACUGGGUUGCCAGUCUUUCAUACCGCACAGUUCUCCCAUGGCUAUCUCCUAAAGUUAGUUUUGAAGCAUUCCUCUUUUUGCCCAGUAUGGCUAAGGCCCAUUCAUGCUUCGUGAACUGACGGAGUUGCAAGCAGCAGUGCCUGCUAGAGAGUGUGCUGACCGGAAUAUGACUGUCACCAUGUUCCACCAGGAAUAAAGUACACUUAGUCAUGCUCGAUUUCUGAGACCUAGGAAAAGCAUUGCUACGGUACUGGUCCCCGUGUUGUGGGAAUGCACCUACAGACUUGCAUCCUCUGAGUGGCUGGGUGUCACUGAACAAUCCCUUUGCAAGUUGCAGGUUGCAGGUCUGACAAAAAACACUAAUACAAGGUUUAUGCUUUCCCCUAAGUUACCUGCACCGUUCUUUUGGUCACCAGCUCAUUCUCUUUAAUUGCAUUGAGAUUAUGAAUAAAACUGUCUUCUAGAUUUUUAUUUAAAAAGGAAAUUGGUAUUUCCAAGAUCAAUGUUAUGUUUACCUUUCAGUCCAACCAGAAAUAUUGGUGCUUGUUUAAGCAGAUUAGCAGACUUUUAAAAUAUAUUUGAUGGUACUCAGAAGUUACAUUAGACUGUUAUGGCCAAGGUUAUUCAAUAAAACCAUGUGGAGGGUCAGCUUUACUUCCAUGUGGAAGGUCAGUUUUACUUGUAUCCACCAUAAACAAAACAUCAGCUGUCAGUGCACUCUGAAGCAACAGUGAACUUGGUUUUAAACAGCAGGGGUAUUUAGGCAGUGCCCACCUCCCACCACACCCAUUAGGAACCAGCAUGCAGGAUUCAGAGCUCAUUUUUUCCCUGUCAGGUUAUACUGCGUGAUGUCUCAGGAGCAUUUGUCCCUCAUGUGCACAUUUUAUUUUUCUACUUGUAUUAAGUCUUCAUUCUUGUGAGCUUCGUCAGAAAUGGAAACCGUGGUCUUUACAGCAAGCAGCGCUCUAGCGCCCUCCCUAGGAAAGCCUGCAUGGGUGUGCUCAGAAUCUCCUAGUGUUUAGUGCUGUUCUGUAGUGAGUGAAGGCAGCCAGCAGAGCACAUUUAAUAUAUUGAAUUUGUAAAUAUGCAGAGUAUAGUAUUUGUGUAUGGAAUCUGUGCAUUAUCAUAUUUUUUCAGCUUUUUGGUGAAUAAAAUAUUAAUAUGUCAUCAAUGGAAAUUAGAUGAUUGCUUCUGAAGUAAGAUAAUUAUGGAAAUAAAACCCAAGACUCUGUGAA